CCGCUCUUUCUCCGUUACGUCUUCCUUCUUUUUACUAUCUCUCCUCUGCCACUGAUUCAUCAUCAUCAUCUUCUUUAACUGAUUUGGGACUUCUAAGAAGUUUCUGAAGCAAAACUCGAAUCAUUCCGUUCUAUUACCAUGUCUUCCGCCAAGAAGGGUUCCGAUCGGGUUGAAGACAGGAGAUCUCUCGGAAAGUUAAAAAAACAGGUCGUGGAAUUGGAGAAAUUGGAAUCUCCGGAUCGGUUGAGUAAGGACGACGACAAGCCUGUCUUCAUCAAGCGCAAUAUAUACUUGAAUGAGAAAUUAAAAACGAUAGUUAAAGAUCAUGGCAUAUUCUGUUCUUGCUCCUUGGAUCCUGGUUCUUCAAAAAUCUGUGGAAGUGAUUGCAGUUGUGUGACUCUACUAUCAAACUGUUCAUCUAGUUGCACAUGCAAAGGUGAGUGCACCAACAAGCCGUUCCAACAAAGACAUAUUAAGAAGAUGAAGUUGGUUCAGACAGAGAAAUGUGGAAAUGGUAUUGCAGCAGAUGAAGAUAUCGAAAAAGGAGAUUUUAUCAUCGAAUAUGUUGGGGAAGUUAUCGACGAAAAGAUUUGUCAAGAAAGGCUUUGGAAGUUGAAGCUGGUCGAGACAAAUUUUUACUUGUGUCAGAUAAGCUAUAACAUGGUGAUUGAUGCUACUCAUAAGGGGAAUAAAUCAAGAUAUAUCAAUCACAGCUGCAAUCCUAAUGCAGAGAUGCAGAAAUGGAUAAUUGAUGGAGAGACAAGAAUCGGCAUAUUUGCUAACCGUUUCAUUAACAAAGGCGAGGAGUUGACCUACGAUUACCAGUUUGUGCAGUUUGGUGCAGAUCAAGAUUGCUACUGCGGUUCAGUGGAUUGCAGAAAAAAACUAGGUGCAAAACCUAUUAAAGCUAAGAAGACAACUUUGGAAGAAGAUGUGAAACCAGUGGCAAGUAAAAAGGUGAAAAAGAGAAGUAGACGCGUUGCCGGAAAAUCUUGGAUCAACAGUAGCCCAAGACAAAUAUGUUCCCGUAACUGCAUAGGUGUGGUGAUCAGUUUAGAACGUCCCACGAAGCAGAGGUGUUUUGGCAUCAUUACACAAUACGAUGAGUUUUCAAGAAAACACUUGGUAAUGUAUGAGGAUGGUGUUACCGAGACUAUCGACAUGUCCAGAGAAGUUUGGAACAUCGUAAAUGUUUGA